AAUACGGAGUAAUUAAUAAUUUGGUCGAUUUUUUAUUUAGUCAAACUACAUACUGUAUAUAUUUGACAUAGAUAUGAAUCAUAUAGUAACACCUAGCCUCCCUCACGUCCGCAGCUUCCCCCCUCCCUCCCUCUUUUCUUGAGUUCAAAUCCAUCUUCCCUUAAUUAACUCCACAUGCCAUCGUUGACUUCCCCCCAUCAUUCCACCCCCAAAUAACCACUACCCUUUCUCACACCAAUGGAUGUCCAAACAACAACAAAUCCAACCAACUGUUCGCCUCUCCCCAUUCCUCCGCCGCUACAAUAUGAACGCUACGAGCAACUCCGGUGGCUUCCUGGGCUCCCAAAACAUCGGCGGCUUUGGCUACGGCAUUGGCGUCUCAGUUGGUAUCCUUCUCCUAAUCACAACCAUAACCCUAGCUUCAUAUUUCUGCACCAGGGCACACCAGCCACCAUCAGCCACCAUAUCACGCCGGAACAACCACCACCAGCAGCCAACCGAUGAUCCCCCGUUCAUGGUCGUGGAGAUGGGGCUCGAUGAUGCCACCCUGUUGACCUAUCCGAAGCUUCUCUAUUCGGAGGCAAAGCACCACCACUUGAAGGACUCCGCCGACGACGCUUGCUGCUCCAUUUGCUUGGCGGACUACAAGGGCAGUGAUAUGCUCCGGCUGCUGCCCGACUGCGGCCACAUGUUUCACCUCCCGUGUGUUGAUCCAUGGCUUAGGUUGCACCCGACGUGUCCAGUUUGUAGGACUUCUCCAUUGCCCACGCCGCUGUCGACUCCUCUGGCCGAGGUGGUGCCCCUAGCUAGUAGACAGGGCGGAUAAUUGGAUUCUCAAGUGAGAACGGUAUGGAAGCCCGAAAUAUUCUGUUCUCCCCCCAAAUAUUCAUGCCCAUCUGUUGAAGUAUUAUUAGAUUCUUGAAGUGUGAUCAUACAUUUUUCUUGGAAUUGGGAUCAAGGCCCAAGGGACCAGAAUGCCUGACUGGGACCUCUAUUUUUUUACCCCUCUUUUCUCUACUUCAUCAUCUCAUGUGCAUUUCACCUGUUAUACUUAGCAGAACUGUUAAAGACGAGUUGUUCUACAAGUAUGCAUCUUCAUUUCUUGGUGCCUUGAGGCAGUUUUCGAUUC